UGAAUUUGCGCAUAAAUGCUAGUUGAUAAUAAAAGCUGUCAUAUCCAUUUACAGGCGAAGCUGGCCAGCUCGUGGAAGGCGCAGGCCCUGUUCAAGAAGUUCGACGCGCGCGCCAACCACAAGGUGUACGGCAAGGGGCGCGCAUGCGCCGCCAAUAGGGUGCUCAUAAUCGGCGCGGGACCCUGCGGCCUGCGAGCCGCCAUCGAGUGCCAGCUGCUCGGCGCCAAAGUGGUGGUGAUCGAGAAACGCGACCGAAUGUCCCGCAACAACGUGCUGCACUUGUGGCCGUUUGUGAUCCAGGACUUGCGCGCGCUCGGCGCCAAGAAGUUCUUCGGAAAGUUCUGCGCCGGCUCCAUAGAUCACAUCAGUAUUAGACAAUUGCAGUGUAUACUGCUCAAGGUGGCGCUACUGUUGGGCGUCGAGUUUCACGAGGGAGUGAGCUUCGAGGAACUGUUGGAGCCUACAGAAACAGAGAAUUCCGAAACGCUGGGAUGGCGGGCGCGCGUGUCGCCCCUCGAUCACCCAGUGUCGCAGUACGAAUUCGACGCGCUGCUCGGCGCCGACGGCAAGCGGAACACCUUGCAGGGCUUCAAGCGCAAGGAGUUCCGCGGCAAGCUCGCCAUGGCCAUCACCGCCAACUUCAUCAACCGGCACACCGAGCAGGAGGCCUCGGUGCCGGAGAUCAGCGGCGUAGCGUUCAUAUUCAAUCAGAAGUUCUUCAAGGAACUGUACGAGAUGACCGGCAUCGACCUAGAGAACAUUGUCUACUACAAGGACGACACGCACUACUUCGUCAUGACCGCCAAGAAGCACAGUCUGUUGGACAAAGGCGUCUUACUCAAUGACUACACGGAGGUGUCCCGUCUGCUGAGCGUGGAGAACGUAGAUCGCGCAGCGCUCAUGCGGUACGCUCAGGAAGCAGCCCGCUUCUCCACCGACGGCCGUCUACCGCUGCGGGACUUCGCGCUCAACCAUUACGGCGAGCCGGAUGUGGCUCUGUUCGACUUCACCUCCAUGUACGCCGCGGAGAACGCCAGCAUUGUUUACGAAAGACACGGACGCCGUCUCCUCUGCCAGUUGGUAGGAGACAGUCUCCUGGAGCCGUUCUGGCCGACAGGCUCGGGCUGUGCCCGUGGCUUCCUAUCGGCGUUGGACGCGGCGUGGACCGUGAGGUCGUGGGGACAGGGGCCCCCACCGCAUCCGCUCGACGUUAUCGCUGAGAGAGAAUCUAUAUACAGACUGUUAGCUCAAACGACCCCCGAGAACCUGCACCGUGAUUUCGGCGCGUACACACUUGACCCGGGCACCAGGUAUCCGAACCUGAACAGAACGGCCGUGACCCCCCACCGGGUCACCUCGUUCUAUGACUCGGACGACCCACUGCCGCUAGACGCUGUGUCCACCGUCAGGAAGCGACGGAGAGAAUCGGAAGUGUCAGAAGAGGUGCUGGUGUCGUGGGUGGGGUGGUCCGAGGGUGGUCUCCGGGCGGCGGCCAGUCCACCCGCGUUGGCAGCCCUGCUGCGUCGGUACCGGCCCGAUCUACUGCCGGCGACCACCGCGCCGCGGGCCGUCUACCACGUACUUCAGCACGAAUUCGGCAUAACCCCAUUGUGUUCGAGUGGUUCAGUGCGCGACGUGCCCGACGCCAAGAUCCGUUCGUAUCUAUGGCGGGUGUACAACGCGUUCAAGGGGGAGGUGCCCCAUGUACACCACCAUACGGACGUCUUCGACCAGAUCAAACAAAAUCAACAGAAAGAGAAACAUACAAGGAAUACUACGGACCUCUCCGUUUCUGUUUAUUCAAACGCGGCCGAAACCGACAAGUCGCACUCGAGCUACAGAAAGAAACGGCGCUCCGUCCGCACGCCCCAAGUAAGUAACGACCCAGCUGAGUACAUACGCAAAGAGAUUGGGAAACUAGACCUUAAUGACAUUACGCAGCUAGCGCGACUCAUAGAGGGACACGACGCGGUCGACGGCGGCAGCCAUGCAGACAAACAGAAGGACCUGCAGGAACAGAUACUGGCCCUUUUGGACCCCGAAGAGUCACCUGACCCCAAAAUGCUGAGGGACUCUCUAGCUCAACUCUUGCAGGGAACCACCAAGACGAGGGUUAAACAAAAAGAAAACGACUCUAGACUGUCUCAUUAUUUCUCAGAAAAUAAGGUAGAGAAACCUGUAAAACCUCCACGGAAACUCAAGGGUUUGGAUGCGUCAUCGAUCAGACUUCCAGACUUCUCUGAUAUCUUUCAAGACGACUCGGUCGACACGGAUGCUACAAUGGUCGAUGUCAGGACGCCUAAAAAGAAAGAGUUUAUUAAGUCAUCUAGUGCCAGCCCUAAAAAGAAAGAGUUUGUGCGAUCCUCCUCUACUGAUAGUCCACUUCCGCUGAAAGGAAGACGGUUAUCCGACGUGAUCGACAGUCACAAGCGAAGACACUCGCAUAGCCCUGAACUACUGUUGCACGGACGGUCAAACUCAGUCGAAUCUUCUGAUACGGUGAAUCCCCACAAUACAAGACGUAUAGCGCAAAUAUUCGAGGGCCACAAGAGGAGGCAUACGCCUAGCCCCGAGUCUCGCACAGUCCGAUCUGGGUCGCUUGGUAACCCUGAAAUGGCGUUGAGAAUGCAGCGGAUGGCCGAAAUAAUCGAGGGCAAACGACGCAGCACCCCGAGUCCGGACCGCACUAAACGAUCCGAAUCUAUCGGCAACCCUGAGAUGGCGCUGCGCAGGCAACGAGUGGUCGACUUGAUCCAAGGUCAUAAGCCUCGGAAGCCGGAGCCACAGCAGCGCAAGAAUUCCGGAGAUAUGGCGUUCAGGAUGCAGAGAAUGUCCGAGAUGAUGCAGAAAAAGAACGCCGAAGCAAAGCGACCCAAAGGAGGUGGUAGGAGGAAGGCAGCUCGGGAGAUUAUGCGGCAGCGUUUUGAGAAGAGUCUUCAGAUGCUGGUGAGCGAGCCACGGCCCGAUUUCGUGCCGUCGGCCGACCUCGAGAACGACUACGGGCUGCAACAGUACCGGGCGAGCGCACCACAUUUCGGCGAGCGCGUCCGCAAGCUCGAGAAGCAGUUGCAACACUACGAGGAGGGCAGGAUUGUGGGGGGCGGUGGAAGGACCGGUGGCAGUGGUGCUCGAGUAGCGAAGCUUGCAGCGGAACUGUCAGGGUCUAGCGCCCCAGCGGCGACUCCGCGCUCGUCCAAGCCGAAAGACCUGAUGCGGUCAGUGGGGAAGAUCGAGAGGGACGACUGGAACGUGAAGGAGAUAGAGAGGAAGAUCAUGGAGAACCGACUGGGUCGGCCCGAGCCCAAGACCGCUGAGAAGGUGCCCAAGUGGGAUCGGGAACAGUUCCUAGGCCGUCAGAGGCGACUUAAAGAGGGCGAGAAUGAGGAGAAAUGGGGCGAGAUAGACGAAACGCUUAACAAGCUCGGUCAAAAGUUACGUGACUCCGGUCGGCCCGACCACGGCACCAGGAAGGUAGCCAACCUGGCGACCAAGUUUGUCAAAAAGGAUGAACCGGAGGCCAAAGUUCAACCCAAAGAAGAGUGCAAGAAGAGCUGGCGCGGUCCCGCAUUCGCGGGUAUGCAGUGCGCUGCGUGCGGUACACGCGUGUUCGCGGCAGAGGGCGUCACCGCCGACGGUCUCCAUCUGCACAGGGCCUGCUUCCGGUGCGCCGUGUGCAAGACUGUGCUGCGGCCAGGGAAUUACACUAUGGAGCGAUACGGCAGCCGUCUAGUAUGCUUGCGACACUCUGGUGUCAGUGUGCCAGACGCAGUGGCCGCGGCGACAGCCCUAACAGCGCCGUCUCAGGCCCGCAGCGAGAUCCCCACCCCGACACCGGAGCGCAUCAGUCUCGAACUGUCCGACAGCGGAGCCCGAGAGAUCGACGAGGAUGAAUGGACGGACAGGAACUUCCUGGCUUCGGAGACUUCUUGCGCUGGCGGAAUCAGUGACGAGGAGGAGUCGAGCUCGGACGAGUACACGGACGCGGCGGACAGCGACAACGAGGCGCGACUGUCGCCUGAGCCGGCCGCUCUCGCUGACCAUCGGCCCCACCAGCACAUGUACUUCUCCGACGACUCGUUCGGCUACGACGACUAUUCCGACGAUGGCGCGGAAUCGUCCGGCAACGAGUCGUGUUCCCGUAUGCGGGAGGCUCGUGAAGCUCGGCGCCGCGAGGUCCCAGCCGACGCGCGACCGCCAACCGACAGCAGCGAGGUGGAGUCGGAGGAUGAAAGCGAAUCGAGCGAAGAGGAAGUGUCUUCUGCGACUGAGGUGUCCACAGAUAGCGAAUUCGCCCGCGAGGAAUGUGCCCCUGCACCUUCGCCACCCGCUAUACUGGUCACAGAGGCACCUCCACCCGCACCGCCGCCCCCACACGAUUACCCCCUCAGCAGGACCCGAUCGGCUGGAGGGAUCGCCACCAAACGAGCCCUCGAACUGAAACGUCGGUAUUUACUUGGUGAACCGUCCCCACCCGCUGUCCGCAAGUCAGAAUCUACUUCCCAGCUAGACACCAAACUAGAAGCUUUCCGCUCCAAUAUCACUGAGUUCCAGAAGAUGUUACAUCCGGCACCAACGCCAACGAUACAACCGCAGAAGCUGAUAGUCACUUUUCAGUUCUCGACGCAGGAUAAAAAGGCUCAACCGAUGCCUGAUAUUAUUAAAAAUUUAUGUGGUGACGCACCCGUCGACUUGCUCACUAAAGGAGAUUCUCCACUCUGUAAGAAAGAUUGGAGAGAAGAACCCAUCAAGGAAGAGAAAAAGGAGCCAGAUCCAGAGUUAGAGUCGGAUUCGUUGUCAGAAGAAGGCUCGUCUCAUACAGAAACUGCUCCCAAUCAGUCCGUACCUAGAGUUGAAGUUCACGACGAGGGCGGGGAAUUGAUACAACUGGACAGUUUGACGUUAAUAAAUAGUGGAACAGACGACACUGACGAUAAGGCCUCCGGCACAGCCACUGCUCCCACCGUGGUCGCAGCGGAGUCAGAGUCGUCCGAGUCUUGCCGGGAUGCGACCACACUGGCCCUUACCGAGACUGAACUAUCCGAUUGGGCGGCCGAGAGCGUUGUUCUUGACGACUGCGCUCUCGAUGAGAAAGAGGAGAGGAAAAGGAGCAAGAAUCCUCGGACACUCAGCGGGCCAAAGACGGUACAUGACGCCAAAAACAUUUCGGCAAUAACAUCGCACGUGUGCGGCCGCACUAGCCCCGAGCCAGUCGUAUAUUCCAACGCGUACGAAAACUUCGAAUUUGCAGACGAAGGUGAGCAGGAUCCUUCCAUAGAGAUGUCGGCAACACCCCGCAACGAGGGUUACAUGGAGUUCGUCGACGACGAGUAUGAUACAUACUCGCCCAGUAAUGACCGCUCAAUGAAUUUCAUCGAAAGCAGUUUUUCCGAAACAAUGCUCAAGCCUGCUAGUCAAGAGGUCAGCCAAGUACAGGACGCCCUCGUCUCCGUCACGACUAUUCUCGAACCGAUCGACGACGUAGACCUAAAAUCGGACAGUGAAUUAGUGCCAGAGGAUUUGAAAUCGCCACAACUGUUGAAAUCGAUAGAGCAUGAAUCUAGCGAGAAAUCCAGCAGCGAGAGCGCACCGAAAAGUCUCGAAAUAAAAUCCGACGAUAGCAAACAAACUGAAAACGUAGUCCCUGUCGAUGUUAAAAUGGACUCGUUGAGUUUGUCCGACAUAUCGCCACCCCUCGAAAAGGACACGGACAUCGAAGCCAAGUCCGUGGAAACGAAAAGUGAGGUAUCGCUGGAUGACACCUCCCCCCCACUUGUACCUGAAAUGCCAAAAACUAUUAGUAUUAUGUGUUCCAAUACAAACGCUUCCGUAACUUUUACUACGGCCGGCGCGACGUCGAUAAGGCUGUAUUCGCCGGCGAUAUGCAGGUCGGCAAGCGAGACGUUCACGGGCUCCAAUUCGCGGAGUGCGGAGUCGCCGUCUCGUAAUACAGAUUGGACUAUUUCCCUGAACCUGAGUUCAGGGUCGGUGUCGCCAGUAAGCCCACCGCCCGCGCCCGACACUACGCACAAGGUGCAGGAGAUCAAGCGAGAGCGAGAUGAGCAGACCGAGGUGGUCCGGAGGUUGGUACUUGAGAGGCUCGGUAGUGGCCCCCGUACCGGUCGGAGGUCGACGCGCCGCAUUCGAGUUUCUCCCGUGUCGAACUUGCCCCCUCCGGUGCCUCCCCCACCGGUGCUUCCGAGUCAAUCGCCUCCUCCGCCCCCGCCUCCCCCAGAAGAGUAUCCUCCGCCACCGCCCCGCCCCGCCCCACCUCUAAUGCCGCUUCCAGUCACUCCAUCCUUUUCGGACCCCGAGCUGGCGAGAGAGAGAAGAAGAAAAAGCAUCAUGAAGAGUAUAUCGAGCUACCUGAACAGGCUCGGACCUCGGCACAAGUGGGUUUCGGAGCCGGUGCUGAGGCGUCACGAGUCGCCGCAGCAACAGGCGCGGAUGAGCAGUUCCCACAAGUCGACAGGAGCGCUGCAGGAGCCGCCACCGGUGCCCCCGCCGCCCGCCGGCUACUGCUCCCGCUAUCCCACGAGGCACUCAGGUCCUAGCGCCGGCGGUGCGGGCGAUGUGGAUGAACGGGAUGCGAUGCAAUUGUGGUUCGAGGCCCGGUGGGCGCGGCUCGUCGCCCAGCGGCGCUCUAGGGACGAUCCACACGACGAGCAGAGUGCACGCAGACUGGCUCGACUUGAGCGGCGACUCUCGCGGCCGCUGUCUGCGGAGCAGCAAGCGGCGACGGUGGCCGAGCUAGUGCAGGUGUCGGCUCAGCGUGAUGCCCACUUAGCUCUCAUGGCAGCCGAUAGACGACGAGCGGCAGGUGGGGUCGGCGAUUAACGUUCUCGCCCUACCGCGAACCAGCUCCCUCCGCCGGUCGCGACGUGUGACGAUAUAGCACCUUAAGACGUCCGGAAGAUGGUUGUUAAUUGUAUACAUGUGUCAAAAUUGUGUCGCAACAAGAAACCAGUUGAAAGCAAUAACUUGUAGAAAAGUGCCGUACCGCGUCUCAGGCAACGAGUGGAAGGAAUGCAUGGUAUUUUAAAUAUUUUUUUUUUAAUAUUAGAUUUUUUUAACUUCACACCAAGACAAAGAGAAUAAUGAAGAAGUGGAUUCUAUAAAAUUCUCUCAUUACAGCAUUGACAUCAUGAGACGAGGCGUGAUCUUAUAAUUAAUAUCUCAUGUAGGUAUAUUUUCCAUUUGACAGUCCGCUCCGUCCCUCGUUUGCGUAAGACGUGGUGGCUUACAAAUUAUAGUCUUAUAAGUUACAUGUUACAGUUACAGUUACACGUCGCGGUACAGUUACUGUUUCGCGCUUCGUCGCUUACCUUUUUCGGUCUUGUAUAUGCGCGAUAGGGACGGACUUAUAUGCGUCACAGUAUGCUUGCAUAUUUAAUUGAACGUUUAUUUUAAUAAAAAGUAAAAUGGUACUGUACUCAACCGUCUUUAAACUCAAUUAUGCCUAAUUUAGAAACUCCAUUUCGGUAGGUUAGUGAUUUACGCACAUUCAAAAAGGGUUUUACUAAUGAAGAAUUAAUUUAUCAGCGGGCUCCUGUCCCGUUUGGUACCUCUGUGAUUAAAUAACUCGCGGGCACUAAAAAAUCAACUAUAUUUGUACAUAAAUAAAGUAUACAUUGCAGUGAUGUGCGAUCGAUAGCUUUAUUAUAGAACAAAGUCGCGGCAGAUGGCGCUUUAUUGUAAAAAAAAUAAUUUUACAUUUUAUGGUAACAUUUUGUAGACUAAUCAUUGAUAUCAUUCAUACCAUUCUAAAUAGAGGCGUGUGGAUAUUAAUACGUUUUAAUGAUUAAAAUAACUCGGGUAUAGGUUUAUUUGUAAGCGACGCCGGUAGCAUAGGUAAUAGGAGAUAUAUUAAAAUAAAUCCAUCAACAGCGAGAUAUCCAUUCUAUGGCCUCUAUUUAAAAUCGUCCACAAUCCAUACAUAUAUUGAAAGCUUUACGUUAAAUUUAGUCAGUUUUUUUUAUUUAACCUCUGUAAACUACUUAUUCUCGGAUCGAAGUAAUUUUUUUUUAGAAAUCUCUCGUGGCCUUAAAGAACUCUUUUAGGAAUCGUAACGUAAACACUUGUCUAUCUUGUAAUUUAUCAUUUUCCAUACAACAUUUCAUCUUCGCACUUGCUUCGUAUACAAUUUGAAUUCGGAGUCAUUAACAUACAUUUUAACGAUUAUCUAGCAGUGAAAUGGUAUAUUUUACUAUUUAUCUAUUGUAUUCUAUCUGUGAUUCGUCCUUCGUCUCAGGCAUUAUCCGUCCAAUGGUGAACAUAGGCCUUUCCCAUAGACUGCCAUAAAGAAUGGCCGUAUAUUCAAUGACUUCGUAUACAUUUUGUUAACAAAUAUACAGUAUGUUAAUUAACCGUUACCUUUUUCUUAAAACUGGUGUUAGUAUUCAUUAAUAGGGCCUCGACAAUUUUUUUUCUUAGAAAAAAAAAUGAUACAGUAACAAAAAAAAGUAAAUUUAAAUUCUUGAAAAAGGAACAACCUGUAUCUGUAUUAAUGGUACUACAAAGUACAAGGUAUGAAUACAUCUAUUAUUAGAUGAUUAGAUAGUGCAGUUGAUAUAUCUACAGGCUGUUCUUUUUUUUCGAAUUUUUUUUUAAUAAUAUAUUUGUUUUUCUAGAAUAAUAAAAUGUAUUUUUCCUAAGACCCCAUUAAUAAAUACGAAUAGAAGUUUUAAGGAAUUAAUUACGUUAAUUAACUUACUGUACAUUAAUGCAAGUCCACAAAACGUCACUACAAUACAGCUACCGUGUGAUAUUUUUAUAUACUAUUAUUAAAUAAUUUCUUAUUUAUUGUUUAAUUUACUUUAUCAUACAAUUCUGAGACCAAAAAUUAAUAAAGUACAGGUUACGACGCUACGAUUCUUAAUAGAGAAGUCACCGAGAUCUGUGCACGUGGCAGUUUUUGCAUUGAUACAGUAGCUAAUUGCAUAUGUUGAGUUACAUAUGUAUAUGCAGUUUAUAAAAAAUUGCAUUAAUCCUACAAGUACAUGUGUUUUCAUCAAAAGGAAAUAAAAUUGUAAUUUACCUGCGAAAAAUACCGAAUGCACAGAACGUGACGUGGCUAUCACGACGUAGAAGGAGAUCGACGCAAAACUUAUCUCUCUGUCGCAUACAACUAUAUGUGAUACGACAGAGAUAGCAGUAACGUCUAGUUCCAAUUUCAACCCUAAGAACAAGGAAUUACAUAGAAGUAGUGAUAAAAUUGUCAAUUCAUAGCGGGCCAGUGUAUAGAAAAUGUUAUACGGCCGUAUAACCCUACCGAAUUCAGAUACAACCUGCUCGCAUACUUUCUACAUAAACUGUGUCGAAUAUAUAAUCCGGUAAUGUAAAAUUUGUUAUUGACAAAUAUUUGACAGAUCAAACAUUUUCUAUACACUAGCCUGCUAUGAAUUGAGAAAAAUUACAACUGAUGGUAUAUCUUUCGUCUUCUUUUUACUAAUUAUAUUUGCAUGAGAAGAAAGGAGGCGAUCGUAUGAUUUACAGUUUUUAUCAUUCCUUCUAUGUAAUUCCUUGUUCUUAGUUUUAACCAGCAUAGUAUUUGUAUACAAUAUGUGGGCGCUGGCAGCGCCACGAGUCUUGUUUUGUCUAUGGAUAACCUCCCAUUAUGUCACAAAAUGCGAUACCCGCUAAGGGAUAAAAACGGUGUGCUAGAUAUGCCAAAUGAGUUAAGUAAACUGGCGAGUAAACGGAACAGAGCCGGUCACUGCUUGCCAUUUCAUAUAGACGUAACGUAUGUCCUAGACAUCCAAUUAAUGAUGCUUAUUAGACCUUAUUCUAAUGGUUUUAAAAUAAUUUUUUGUAUUGUAACAUUUUUUUAGACACAUUUGAAACGGCAAUAAGUGGGUGGGCCAUUUUGAUUGCUCGCUAGUGUAUUUACAUAGUAUAGUUGUAUGUGUAUUGCUGUAAAUGUAAGCUGUGUAGUGUUUGGUUUGGAUUUGCAGCUGUCUCGCUCGCACGCACUCUUACUAAACAAUUGUCAGUUUUGACUGGUUUAUUUUAUUAAAUUUAUUGUAUUUACAGACAAUGCUUUUUAUAUUCUGCUGCUGUUACAAUUUAGAAUUGGUGUCGCGAUGAUGCCCUUAGUUUCACACAAGGUCGCUUUUUUAUUUGUAAAUUUUACUAAGUAUUUAUUUAAGUAAUUUACACUUGCAAAUAAAAUAAGUAUGUAAUAAAAAAAAAACUUUUGCUCAGAUAGUAAUCAGUCUUGUAACUCAUUGUUGAUUAAAUGACCUUUUGUGAAACGGUUGUUUAGUCAAAUUCGUCGAUUAAUGGUUACUUGUAUAAUUGCAUAUAGAUUUGACAAAGCAGAAAUUAUAUAGAAUUAUAUACGAUAUUGCUGGAAAAUUUUAAAUAAUAUGGGAUUAAUUUAUACUAAUAAUAUUAAUUAUAUAUAUAUAUAUAUAUAUAUAUAUAUAUAUAUAUAUAUAUAUUUUUAGAUUGGUUUUACAUUUUUUUCUACUUCAUUACAACCAAGUUAUAUAUUUACAUUUAACAUUUUAAUUCUUUUAUUAUUAUUUUUUAUUAUUUAUUGUUACUAGGAAUAAUUUAUGACAACACGAGUGUAAGAGCGAGACAGCUUUUAUAUUUAGCUAUCGCACUGUACCCAAACACAGAUGAUUUUAUAUGUAAAUUCGUACAAGUUAAAAUGUAUUCGAGUUUUAUUUAUAUAGGGCAUAGUGCUUUUAAAGCUGCUAACUAAAGUUUUCCCUUAUAUAUGUUAUACUACUUGUACUGUGUAUUUUAUUGUAUAAUUUAGCUAUGACAAUAUGUGUCCACUGAAAUGGUAAAUGAUUAAAGCAAUAUUUAAUGAAAUAAAUGUAUCUAUUUGGUGGUAGGUUGCACUUUAAAUAGUGCAUUAUAUAAUCAAAUAUAUAUAUAUAUAUAUAUAUAUAUAUAUAUAUAUAUAUAUAUAUAUAUAUAUGAGAAUUCCCUUAGACCAGUCUUAUCAUUUGAUCAGGUUACUGACGAACGAAAUAGAUAAAAUGUUUUGCAAUAUGUUAUAAAGGUUUGACUUAAAUAUAUACAGGGUGUUGGACGUAGAGGUAUUAUUAUAAUCCAGUGAUAGUUAGUACUCGUAAAAAUGAAUAAUUUUCCCCAAAAAACAAAUUUUUAAAUCUCAAAAUAUUUCCUAAAUUUUCGUGCAAACCACGCGGUCAUUUGAUCGAAUGGAGUAUGAUAGUUUAAACAGAUAUUAUCAGAUUUUGAUUCUGUGGUGAAAUUGUUUAGUUUUAUAAAUGUACGGAUAUUGUGUUUAUGUUUUGUAACUAAUACGAUUCACCCUGUAUAUAAGAUCCCAUCUAUAUAUAUAUAUAUAUAUAUAUAUAUAUAUAUAUAUAUUUGGUGGUAUAACGUAAACGCAUAUUUUCUCAGCUGCUGCCCUAGAUCGUUUACAAUUAGCAAUACAAUUUAUAUUAUCUGUUACUAUAAGAAAUAGUAUGUACAUUAUAAUAACUCUAUUUUUGUAUGCGGCUUGAAGGAUGUAGGUAGACGAGCUAUGCGAGGUGGCGUGUCGACUUGUGUACUGUGAAAUAGCCUUUAUUUUUAUAUGAAACAAUGUACAAUAUAAAAUGGGCAGGUUUUUUCUUCUUAUAUUUUGUUAAACAAUAAAGUAAAAUUGCAUGUAUCCUCUUUGUGUAGAAGUUUAUUUCAUUCGCGGGUUCCGUACAUGUUUUUAUGUGCGUUUUUUAAAUAUAACUUUACGAUCAAAGUCGACACACCGCUGUUUUACUGUGCAUAUGAGAGGGAAUGCUUCCGCUUAGCUAACUUCGAGACAAAUCGUAUAUUUUACUUGUAAACGUUAGUAUUUGUAAUCGUGUAUUAUUUAUUUAUUUAUUUAUUAUUAUUAUAUACAAUAACUGUACAUAAUAUGGCCGAGCUUACCAAAGUAUUCUAUGGUUUACGUUAUUUUGGGUUUACCUCGAGUUAACUGUAUACGUUGGCGCAAUCAUAAAGAGAUUAUAUGAAAAAUAAAACUGUGGACUAAUAAAAGUGAUUUUUACAAUGAUUAUAAAACAUGGCCGUAGCUGAGUUGGGGGGGGGGGGGGCAUUGAGGGCAGUGCCCUAUCUUAAAAUGAAAGGUCCCAAAAAAUAUAGAUAGAUUCGCUUUUUCGAAGUCAAUUAUGGUUUCUGCCCUACCUUAAACUUGGGUCUAGCUACGGCCCUGUUAAAAAGAGAAUAGCUGACAAAGAAAUUUCAUACUGACAUGGGUUUAAUUAUUCAAACUCUAGCUCUAGCAUCGCGCUUGAAAAUUGCAGUACAUUUUAAUUUAUAUAUAUAUAUAUUGCAAUUUUUUUCUUUUUAUAUAUAUUUUUUCUCGUCUAUUCUUGAUUGGUAUCAAGAAUACCUAUUACAUCUAAACCAUUGUUAUUAUACUAGGACAACAACGACCAAGUGCCAACAGCCCUAUUUUAGAACGAUAAGGAUAGCUUAUAACUCUGUCUCACUCUAUCGCCUGCUAUUGCGAUGUAUGCAUCACUUGGUUUUUACUAGUACAAGCUUGGCUCCUCUCGUUUUGCUCUAGUGAUGACACCGUCAAUUCUGUUUUUUUUUUUAAAUCACUGAUAAAAUUUUACAUUUAUCAUUGCCUCGUCUUACUACCGUUAUGUGGGGUCGGCGCCUUAUUUUUUUCUUUUUUUACCGGCCUUUAUACUCGUUUUUUUUUUUAAUAUUUAUUAGUAUUGUUAUUUAAAACCAUCUUUAUUGUACUGUAUAACUAGCUAAUGGGAAGGCUGUAUUUACAUACAUAUGUUUAUUGCAUGCGAUUUUUUUUUUAUAGAUAUAGCUUCCUUUUUUUUAAACUCUUUAAAGUAUACUUUUUUAACGUUAAUCAUUUACAGCUAUUGCUUAACUUUAUAUAUAUAUAUAUAUAUAUAUAUAUAUAUAUAUAUUUUUUUUUUUUUACUGUAUACCUGUUUUUUUAUUGUUGGUUUUAAAGACAUUAUUAACCUUUGUUGAGAAAUUGUAAAUAUUUCUAACUGCAUCUGUCGAAAGAGAUUUUUAUCUGUUUUAAAACAAUAAGAUCAAAUGCCCAUGUUGUACACUUGUACGAAUAUGUGAAAUUAUUACAUAGACAUGUUUUUAUACCUGCGUCUGCGUCAAUUUUUAAAAUAAUUACCUUUUAUUAAAUGCGUACGUAUAUAACAUAACUAUUGUAAUGUAAAAAAAAAUGGAACCAAAUGUCCGAAACUAUAAUAAUAUUAUGUACAUGUUUGUAUAAAACGUGUAAAUUUCUUUAUUCAUGAAGACAUCCAAGACGGGCCUAUUUUAGCUAGUUGAAAUAUUGUGGUCGAUUUUGAAGUACCAUUCCCUAUACUUAUUUCUAAAAUUAAAAGCUUAAUAUGAGAGUUUAGCAAAAUUAUCAUAUUAAAAUGUAAAUUGAAUUGUCUAUGAUACAGUCGGUGGACCAUCGACAAGUUGAGUACAAUAUAGCACUCUACUUGUCAAUGGUCUAUCGACAAUUAAAUGUAAAAAAGUUGUGAUGCAAUUCUACUAAACAUUUAGAUUAUGCUGGUUCUUAAAUUAAAAAUAUUUCGCUGUAAUCUCAAAUUUAAAUUUUAAAUAUAGAAGAUUGUGCUUCGGAAUGGACUUCAUUGCGCUUCUCACAUUAACAUAAAGUGAUCAAACAUUAUUAUACACAAAAUAGGUUUAUUGAAGAAUUUACAUUUUUUAUGAAUAAGGCAAAUCAUUAUUGUGAUGACCCCGUUAACGAUGUCUUUAAAUACCUAUUAAGAUUCUCGAAGUUAGAUAUUAGUUGUAUAAAAGUUGAGAUUAACUAAUGCAAGAUUCUACACAAAUAAACUUGUCUCCUUUUGUACGCGUAGGUAACUUGGAAAGUAAUAUAAAAUAAUAUAUUA